AUGAGUGUCUGCGACGCAACCACAGACAAGGCGUCGAACAUUGUCGAGUGGAAUCCGAACGCACUGCUCCGGGAUGUGGGGUCCGAGACGCAUGGCCAGGGGCAGGAUCAAACAACCCGAUUUGCUCUGAUUGUGCUCAACCAAGCCCUCGACGACCAUCUCGAUGUUGCGCGUCGCUUGUGGAAUAAUGCAUCAGUUCGCAUCGCUGCAGAUGGCGGCGCAAACUGCCUGUACCAAGCCGCCGGGCAGCAUGGCGACAAGUCCCUGGACGAUCUUGCCGUCAUUAUUGGCGACCUGGACAGUCUCACACCCGAAGCCAGGGCCUACUACGAGUCGUCAGGUCCAUCGUCAGGGCUGCGGGAAGGGACAGCCGUGAUCCACGACUCUGACCAAGAGUCGACCGACUUUGGAAAGGCCGUGCACUACAUCCGCCAGCACUACCAUCGCCGAGAUGACGAUGCCGCCGCACCACCCCUGGACAUCGUCGCCCUCGGCGGCCUGGGGGGCCGGGUCGACCAGGGGCUGAGCCAGCUCCACCACCUGUACCUUUUUCAGAAGGACCCGUGCUACGCCGAUGGCCGCAUGUAUCUCGUCAGCGGCGAGAGUUUGACUUUCCUGCUGAAGGCAGGCCACCACCGUAUCCGAGUGCGCGACGGCCCGGCCGGGGAGGGGGACGUGUUUGGCAAGUACGUGGGUAUUUUGCCCCUCCGGGAGCCCAGCCGGAUUACCACCAAGGGGCUGGAGUGGGAUGUGGAGAAUUGGGACACUGCGUUUGGCGGGAAGCUGAGUACGAGCAACCAUGUGCUGCCGGAGACGCAGGUGGUGGAGGUGACGACGAGCAGAGAUGUGCUCUUUACGAUUGCGCUGAGGCGGGCGUAG